AUGGACUCUAACCAUCCGCCACCUUUCCGUUCAUUUUCCACCACGCUGUCUAAUUAUUCCUUUGGCUCGUCGUCAUCAUCGACCCCUUCCAGAUCCAAUCUGUCGGGACCACUCAAUUUGAGUAACUUCAACAAACCAAGCAAGCCACAAGAUCACUUGUAUUACAAAUGCGAAACAUUAAAGCGUAGACUAAUGAUGUUGGAUGGCAUGGAGCCAUUAAUGAAUUUGGCUUUUGCCAAAGCAGAAAAGUUAUGUGAGCAGCAAUCGCUUAGUUUGGCACAGGAGAGAAACACUACAACAAUGGAUCGAUUAUCGAUCCAGUCUGGCAGUUCAAACGGAAGUGGAUCUCAUCGUUAUCAUGCCACCCACGGCACAAAUGUUUAUCAGGAGAAUUUAUUAACUUUUGCUGCUGGUGUAUUGCCUGCCAGUAUUAGUGUGGACCCAGCAACUCAACUAUGGCAAUUGUUCCAAGAGGGUGCGUCGUUAUGCUUGAUAUUCAACCAUCUCUCGGAGCACACUAUUGCUGUUAUUUGUUCAGAUGAUGUAAGGGUGUGCAAAAAGUCGGUUUACGAUUUUCUCAUUGCGGUUAAAACACACUUGGAUUUUGAGGACGAUGAGUUGUUUACAAUAUCAAAUGUGUUUUCAGACAGCACUCAGGAUUUGCUUAGAAUAGUUGCAUUUGUCAACAGGCUCUUGGACUUAAACCCAGAGUUUGCUUAUGAAGAAGAUGAUCUCAACUUGGAGGUGCAGAUUACAGACGAGCGGUCAAAGGUGUUUAAAGAGAUUGUUGACACAGAGAGAAAGUAUGUACAUGACUUGGAGUUGUUGCUAAUGUAUAAGAACGAGUUGGUGCAAAAGGAUGCGCUAACCUCAGAGCAGAUCCAUUGUUUGUUCCCCAACUUGAACGAGAUUGUCGACUUUCAAAGAAGGUUUCUCAAUUCUAUGGAGUGCAAUAUCAACGUGCCUGCGAAAUACCAGAGACUCGGGUCCAUCUUUAUACAUGCGAGUUUCGGACCGUUCAAGGCAUACGAGCCGUGGACUGUAGGCCAGCCUGCGGCCAUUGACUUGAUCAAUAAGGAGAUUGCUAGUUUGCGAAAGGCCUCAUCCCUAAUCGACCCUGGGUUUGAGUUGCAGUCAUACAUUUUGAAACCGAUCCAAAGGUUGUGCAAGUAUCCGCUCUUGUUGAAAGAGUUUAUCAAGAAUGAUCCUUACAGUACCCCCUCAGAUGAGUUGCAUGUGGCAAGAGCCGCAAUGAAGGAAGUGGCAAAUCAGGUCAAUGAAGCUAGGAGAAGGUCCGAAAACGUAGACUUUCUACACAAGUUGGUGGAGAGGGUGAGCAAUUGGAGAGGCUUCAGCUUGAAAGACCAGGGCGAGCUCUUAUACCAUGGCGUCGUUGGCGUUAAAGACUCUGAAACUGAAAGGGACUAUGUUGCAUACCUUUUUGAAAAAAUCAUCUUCUUCUUUGUCGAGGUGGAUAAAGCUGCAACAGAAAAGCCAGAAAAGAAGUCGAUUUUUAAUGGAAGAAAAAAGUCUUCAUCUAGCGUAUCGCAGUCAUCAGCAAGCUUAUUGGAGUCGCUCAAUGCCAAAAACGAUAAAACCCCGCUUGAGCUAAGGGGAAGAGUGUACAUACAGGAGAUCUACAACAUUACUCCCCGUUCAUCUAACGGGUACACCUUGGUGAUUGCGUGGUCUGGCAAGAGGGAAAGCGGUUCCUUCACCCUAAAGUACCGCUCAGAAGAAACUCGAAACCAGUGGGAACACUGUCUCCGCACUUUAAAGACAAACGAAAUGAACGCACACAUGAAUAAAAAAUUACGUGACUCCCAACUGUCCACAAACACAAACGACUCCUCCAUAUACGACUACAUCGGCGGCGCAACAGAGUCGGUGCUGUUUGAACAUCACCAUUUACGCUCCGCAAACGGGCCGGCGUCUAGACACCACUCUUCUUCGUCCACUCAUAGCAUGAUGCGCAACGGGUCACGUUCAAAGUCUGCCGAGUAUAUGAGACUAUCGUCGUCAUCGUCGACGGCAUCGUACGGUAAUUCCACCACAACAACACCCUUAUCACUGGCACCACAAUCAACAACAUUCGACAUCCACAUUAGCAUGAUUUACAACCACACUAAAGUACGCGAGUUGCUCAUAGUUAGCUCCCAAAUGCUGUUUCACGAGCUAUAUCUGAAGAUCUCGGCAAAGAUAGCCGUCAGCGAUGUGGUGAGCGAGGAUAUACUAGUGACCAAAUUACGGUACAAGGACGAGGAUGGCGACUUUGUCGUGUUGGACUCCAACGAUGAUUGGAGUUUGGCAGUGGACGAAUUAAAUGGGAAAAACACAAUCACCAUAUGGGUGUCCUGA